UAAGCCUCUUCUUUCAUUUUGUGUACAUAUUCCCAAUAUGUCUGUAUGUCAGUCUGUCUGUGUGUCUGUAUGUCGAUACACUCCAAUGAACGCCCGCCACGGUGUCUAUCGCGUUUUAGGUUUUAAUUUGCUUAUCACAUGCACACACUCACACACCAUCGCACACACACAAACACACAAACACACACACAUUCGCAAUAUGCUCGCACACUGAGACAAACGUAAUCGCAAUCAGCCAUGGCAUUUGGUGAGCGCUAUCAGACGUAAAAUAAAUAAUACUUAAUGCCACAUUAUUGUCAGCGGCAACGUCGAGAACUGUCGAUUUCAGCCAUACUUGGCACUGUCCGCCUUCACCAUAACUUCCAUCAGUUUACUGCCAUUUGCCGUUGUGACCUCAUAUUAUACACUACUAAAUACAAACGAUCGUUGAUCAGCAAGCACCAUAUAACAGAAGAUAAAAAUAAUAAUCAAAUGUGAAAAAUGCUAAAAUUAAACAAUUCGAAAUACUAUGGCAAACAUAAAGCAAAGUCAGACUAACUACUCAGCAAGCAGCAACCAGAAUACAGCAGAUCUUCCCUUCAACGUGGGACUUUAGCUACUAUGUUGAGCCAAGUAGUGGAAUAAGUUGAGCUGAUUCUUGCGACAGCACCUAUGGGUGGCCAUUUGCAGUCGGAUAAUCGUAGCACCUUAUUCCCGCAACUGAUGUAUGUGGCAACAACUUUGCUUGCCACAAGCGGUGUUAUUGGAUUUCAGCAGAACAAUUCAAUUGCUUACGAAAAUCUUCUCGAAACAUGGAACUUUGACAAUCGCACCCUGUCAGCAACACCCACGCCAGAAACCACAGCCACAGCAGCCGCAACAGCAGUUGGAGCAACAUCGGCAGUUGGAGCACAGCAGCCAUCGUCUCAGUCAAUUUUAAACGAUUCGGUCCAUGAUGCCAUUGACGAAACUGUGCCGACCCUAACAACAUUCAAUUACUACAACGAAUCUGCCGCAGCGGCCGAAUGGUCUCACUUUUAUGAUCUCAUCUUAUCCUGGCAGGGCAUUUGCUUGAUUGCCGUCUUCUCCACAUUCAUCGUAGUCACAGUCAUUGGCAACACGCUCGUCAUACUCGCCGUACUGACCACUCGAAGGCUUCGCACUGUUACAAAUUGCUUUGUCAUGAGCUUGGCCAUUGCCGACCUGCUUGUCGGCAUUUUCGUCAUGCCUCCGGCCGUAGCUGUUCACCUCAUUGGCUCAUGGCAACUCGGUUGGGUGCUCUGCGACAUUUGGAUAUCCUUCGAUGUAUUGCUCUGCACCGCAUCUAUUUUAAGCCUGUGCGCAAUCAGCGUUGAUAGAUACCUUGCUGUUACACAGCCGCUCACGUAUUCCCGUAAGCGACGUUCGAAGCGCCUCGCGCUUUUAAUGAUUCUUAUCGUUUGGAUACUGGCGUUGGCCAUUACGUGUCCCCCCAUGCUAGGCUGGUACGAACCGGGACGACGGGACUUAAGGGAAUGUCGCUACAAUCAAAACGAAGGAUAUGUCAUCUUCUCGGCGAUGGGAUCCUUCUUUAUUCCCAUGGCUGUUAUGAUUUAUGUUUAUGCGCGCAUUUCUUGUGUUAUUGCAAAAAGACAUGACAAUAUGACCGACAUAAAUGUGCACAAUAAGAAAUUCAAACGCUACACGGCCGCCGAUGUUGAGAAUGAAUUUUCGGAGCAGGAGCACAGUUCGGGCUACAAGCAAAAACAGGCCACGGCACGGACUUUCUCAAAUCAGACCAUAUCGAAGGAUCUGCAUGAGAGUGUACUGAGUGAUAGCGACAAUCUCGGCAUGGCAAAUUCAGGUGGUGGUCACGCUGGAAAUUGCCAGUCACUGUUGGCGUUGCCUUCCACACACAGUGGCAGUGGCGGUGGCGGUGGCGGUGGAAGUGGUAAAAGCGGUUGCUAUGAACUAACGCGACCCUCCUCUUUGUCCCUGAAACGCACGUCUACUGCUUCAACGACAAUGACCACAAUGACAAGUGGUUUGGGUCCAAGCAGCAGUCUAUUAGAUGCACAAUGGCAGGCCCAACCACCACAACAACAACAACAACAACAACAUCAGCAGCAACAACAUCAUCACCAACACCAACAUCAUACGCGCAACAGCCUUCAGCAUGCACAUCUUAGUGUGGGCAGUGCGGUGGUCGGUGGCGGUGGUGGUGGGGUUAACCGAGUGCGCGGCAACCAUUAUCAUCAGGCAGCAGCAGCAGGAGCAGGAACAGGACCAACCGAUGUGGCUAGUGCAACGUCAACCAAUAUGAAAUCUCUAUCGAAUCGCAUCACCUCGCUUAAAAAGGAAAAUAAAACGACACAGACAUUGAGCAUUGUCGUCGGCGGCUUCAUCGCCUGUUGGCUGCCUUUCUUUGUCUACUAUCUCAUCACACCAUUCCUUGCCGAGCAUCAGGUCAGCCGCAUGCUGGCCAAGGCGCUCACCUGGCUGGGCUGGUUCAACAGUGCCAUCAAUCCAUUCAUCUAUGCAUUUUACAGUGUCGAUUUUCGCGCUGCCUUUUGGCGCCUGACCUGCAAGCGUUUCUUCAGCGAUGGCCAGAAACCGCAGUUUCCCACAAACACCAUGUCAAUCCGGCGAUAGUUGUGGCAUAUCCUCAACUGCACAUCACCUCGUUCCUCCCCUCUACUGGUAAUAAGAAUCUAGCAAUUUGGCAGCAAGCUAAUCAUAAUACUACUGCGACUGCUUCUAGGCUGAUAGGAAGAAAAUUAUUGUGAAACUUGCAUAUUAUUAUAUCCUGUUCUGCUUAAAUAUAAUCAUCACCCCCACAUACACACAGACACACAGACACACACACACAGAGACACACUCGCACACACACACAAUGUAAUUAAAUUGUGAAAGGUGUAAUCAAAUGUUAAUUUAUGCAGUUUGUGUGUUGCCUUUGGGUGUGCUUUUCUCAGAGAGUCAAGGAGCUAUGUUAAAUAUACCCACAUGCUAAACAAAUAGUUAUCAAGUCAAGCGCAAGCAUGUUUGUACUUACAUUUAUCUAGCCGAAUAUUUAAUACCUUUGACAUUUAAUCCAGCUAUAUACGAUGCAGUGCAAUCAAUUAACAAAUCAAUAUAUUAUACAAGUCGUUCCUAUAUCAGGGUACUAUAUCCAAACACUCGUAUCACACACAAUAGUAGGUCAAAGUUAUCCAAUAUUCUAAACUAUUCAAAAAUAUAAGCAUUGCUCAGAUCGUCACAUCAUCAACUUAAUAUGAAAUAAAGUCAAUAAGGAUCGGGGCCAGGUCGAGGUGUAACAAAAAGGUUACCAAUCAUCUCGCUAUCAUAAAGUAUUUUUAAUUAUUUUUAUUGGUAUGUACAUAUAAACACACAAUUUUAUAGUUUCUAAGUAGAGUCCUAGUAUUUAUGCACCCAUUCUUCCCUGUAAUUAAAUUUGAGAUUAAUAACUAUCUACUUCCACAGCAAACAUCAUAGUAUUGUUCUAUGUACCGAAUGGUAUUUUAAAACUAUGAAAUUAAAUAUACAUACAUACAUAUAUAUUAAAAUUUUAUUGUGAUUUAGUGUUAAUCAAAACCAAAAAAAGGAAAAAACAAAAAGAA